AUAGAUGCUAUUAUCAUUUGUACUCAAAUUGUCCCAGUCCAAUGCACUGCUAAAUACUGUUACAUGAAUGUUAGAUUUAAUGUAUACACACAGACGUAAUGUCAGCAUAAUCGCAAUGCAUUAAUGUUUAAACAUUAUGAAAACACAUUUGUCCAAAUGAUCCGUGCUCUAGAAUAUAAUUUACAGUUACUGUAAUAAAAAUCUGGGUACAGCCACAACAUUAUCCUGAACUAAAGCGUUAAUACAAUGACUGUUUGCAAUAGCUACACAUUUCGGCCCGGGCUAAGUAAGAACUGACGGGCGGAGUUUGUUCCCGCAUUUGAUCCGCUGUGAAAGGCACUAACCCCCUCCCUACGGUACACUCCUUACAGAAAAGAAGCGCUUCAGUUACACGUGACCUUUCAGACCAGACUAGCUGGGUACGUUUAAUGGAUUUGGGGUGUUAUAGCUAACUCCAGUCUGUCACCCGGUGGCGGGCCGACAUAAUAAGCAGAAGAGAAAUGUCUUCUCCAACUGGAGCAGACGAGGACGAGGUGGAAGAAGUGGAGUUUGUAUCAGAGGGCACUGUCAAACCAGUAUUGGAAUGUAUUGAUCUGCUGAGUGAUAAUGAGGAUGAGGGAUGCUCAUCUGCGGCAGGCACGGUUGAAGAUAAAAUCACCCGCCAUAAAGCGCAUGUUACAUCUACCCUGGAAAGGCUAGCACAACAGGUGGCCUUGGAUAGAAAGGAAAGAUCAGAUAAAUGUAAAGCCUUCAAGGAGAAGCAAAUCUCUCAAAGAGCCCGUGGACAGCAGGAGCUGGCCGUUAGUAGUUCUCCGUAUGGAAUUAAUCAGGAAGCCAAGCACUGUGUAGACAUGUGGUUAAAGAUGCCAGGUCUUGGACCUGGAGCGUUCAAUCCUGGAUUUGGAAGAAGAAGAAAAAGACCUGCUUCUUCCCCUGUAAACCAUUCAACCCAACACACUUGUCCAGUGAUCAACUGUGGUCGAGUUUAUGACAAUGCGUCUCUCCUUGAAGGCCACCUUAAAAGGUUCGAUCACUCACCCUGUGACCCAACCAUCAACGUUAGAGGAUGCCCAUCAAACCUCUUUGCCUGUGUUGCCUGUGGUCAACAGUUUCCGACUGAAGAAGCAUGGAGGAAACAUCUUGAGUUUAAGGUGUCCUCAUUGGUUGCCGAUGGUCACAGCAUGGAACAGACUCACCAGUGGAUCGUGUGUUUUGCCUGUCCUGACUGCUACUUCCUCUUCAACCUCCGAGACGAGUGUCUUCAGCACAUGUCAGCCAAAAACCACUUCACAGAGUCAUUCCCCAUGAAUGACACCAGAGGAAGAGCACUGCCGGUUCCGGUUUCACAAUAUGUCAAGAAUCGUCUCAUAACUUUGUGCAAAGAUGUUCACUUCAAUGUCCGAUGCUCCUUAUGUCACAAAGUACUGAUCUCACAUCAGGCCGCUCAAGCUCACUUUAAUGUGCACUGCAGACAGGGCUGCGCGGUGGCCAAGGCUGAUAAAACGGUUGCACAGGUGAUGAAACAACUGCAAGUGCGAGGGCAGUGCUCCGUCUGCUGUAAAAUCUUCUUCAGCCCCGCUGAUAUUGAGAGGCACAAAGAAUCGACCCAGCACCUAGUGGAGGUCAACCAAACUAUGGCGAAAGCCCUCCUUCAGCACUGCAGGUUCAGUGAAAAGCACCAGGGCCACGCGGAGAGGAAAAGGCAGUCCUCCAGCCCUGAAAAAGCUUUUCAAAAGACAAAUAAGGGCCGUGAGUGUGAAGAAUCUUCCGGCAAACGGAGACGACUGAGCGUUAAUGGCAGCCGGAACUCCGCGGCCGCGUGGUUCUGCGAGUGUGGUCUACGGUUCUCAGAGGAGGCCACAGCCACCAAUCAUCUCUUGGCUGUAAACCAAAUUUUCCACCAGUGCGCCGUGUGUGGCAAACAGAUGGGAGAGUCGGCCAUCACCCGCCUGCACAUGAGCCGCUUCCACGGGGGAGCUCAUCUCUCCAACUUCCUCUUCUACUGCCGCAGGUGCAAAGUGGAAAUGCCUCGGUACGAAGACAUCCUGGCCCACGUGACGGAAGCCCACAGCGGACACACCUACCUCGCCGAACGGGAGGCGCCCGAGGAGCUCGCCGGCAGCAAGCCCUCCACCAGCGGACGAGUCGACCCGCCGCCGCUGCCGCCCUCCUCCUCCGAGUGCGCGGCGCGGCGGAGCGCGGUGGAGGCGCCCUCGGAGGCCGAGCGGACCUGGAUGUGCAGGAUGUGCGAGGACACCUUCGGCUCCGAGCGGGACGUCCGCAGGCACUGCCGCGACGCGAGCGCUCACAGCUUCCAGAGGUUCAUCUGCGGACACUGCCCCCAGAAGUUCUUCAAGGAGUCCACCGUCCGGCGGCACUGCGCCAACGAGCACGGCGGGCGGAUCCAGAGCUCCCACUUCUGCGGCCUCUGCGACAGCAUGCGCUUCGAGUCCGAGGGCGAGUUUUUGGAGCACUACAAGAGUCUACACAGUAGAGACUACUACUGCGUGGAAGACGUGGAGGUUGUUGAGGCAGGUGGCGGCGGCGGUCGGCCGGCGUGCCCGUGCAUGGGUUCGGUGAAGGGGAAAGCGGAAAUGAAAGCAACGUACACACAAUGCAUGAGGAAUCUGUCCGACGAAGGAAAAUGUCACUACGUGUGCGCUUGCUGUGGCGCCUGUGUGCCCUCCUUCGCCCGGAUGAAGACUCACGUCCACACGAAGCACGCGGCGGAGAACCCGGACAGGGCCUUCGCCGUGGAGUGCAAGGUCUGCCUGGAGAGUUUCACGGGCGUACCAGGUUUCCAUACCCACUAUCACUCCCGACACUGUGCACUGCAACCCUGCGGCGUGAAAGCAGAACCAGCUGUCAAAGCCCUCGAUGCAGUGCCGAUCUCACCAGGCGCCGACGAAAUUGAAGAGGAAACAUUGGAGUUUUCGAACAUGGAUCGCGCCAACAAAGAGAGUGAAGCAUGUGAAAGUGAACCCGAUGAGGAGAUGAACCAUGAACCGUCUUUGAGUGCAGAGGCAGAAGUAGAAUCAGCAGAGUUAGAAGAAGCCCUUAAAAGAAGCCUUCUGGAGUAUUGAGUACACACCGUGUUUUUUUUUUAUUUUAUUUUUUUAUUUCCGUAUUUGAGACUCAUUGUUUUGUACCAGGUAUUUGUGUUCAGAAUAUUCUAAAUAAAUGUUGCCAUUUAACUUUACUGUACUAAUGAGUUAUUUGUAUAAUGUAUCAAUAUGAAGAAAUAAUUACCGGGCAUUCCCACCUCAGGGAACCACCCACAUCUUGCUAGAAGGUUGCUCUGUGGCUGUGGAGUUAUGGCCUCUGCAGACCCUUUGGUGUGUUGACAUGUGUGUAAAUGGCCUCGAUGACUCUGCAGAAUUCCGAGGUCACAGUGCAUCUCCAAUUGCAGUCUCUGUUUUCAUUGCACACUUAAGGUCCAGUGCAUUGGACGCACCGUAGGCAGCAGGGCCAACCUUUUGUGUGUUGCUUGUUUUUUCUUCUUUCUUCUCAUCCUCCUCAUUACUUUGUUGCAUAAUUUGUUUUUCUCGCUAGUUUGACUCAGAUAGUGGUGACUCAUCGCGAUAAGAUCUUUUCUAAGCAGUGAGUGUUUGUACUAUAAUAGGAACAAGUUAAUUGUGCAUCCCAG